AUGCUCAGGCGAGGGGCAAGAGCCAGCGUAUUCAUCGCGGAAAGACGCGUGGCAGCAGCAACCCUGACGCAGCGGCGGGGAGGCACACAAGGCAACAAGGCCAAGUGGACCCUAAGUUUAAUUAAUACAAAAAUAAUGGAGGGAGGAUCGACCACCUACGUAACAUUCGAAGGGGUUUCGGAAAACCCCAACAUAGUGGAGGAGGAACAUAAGGUGCUCUCCUACUGGAAGAGCAUCGACGCGUUUAAUACUUCCAACAAGCUUGCCAAAGAUAAGAAGGCGUUUAUAUUUUACGAUGGGCCUCCUUUUGCCACAGGGCUUCCCCACUAUGGGCACCUGCUAGCAGGAAUAAUAAAAGACUGUGUGACGAGAUACAACUACCAAUGUGGGUUCUCCGUCGAGAGGAAGUUCGGUUGGGAUUGUCAUGGACUCCCCAUUGAAUACGAAAUAGAGAAGGAAAACAAUAUUAACAAAAAGGAGGAUAUUCUAAAAAUGGGUAUCGAUGUAUAUAACGAGAAAUGUAGAAGCAUCGUCCUGAAAUAUUCCAACGAGUGGGUGAAAACGGUGGAAAGAAUUGGCAGGUGGAUCGACUUUAAGAACGACUACAAGACUAUGGAUACGACUUUUAUGGAGAGCGUUUGGUGGGUUUUCAGUGAACUGUACAAAAGGAAUUACGUCUACAAAUCUUUUAAGGUGAUGCCUUACUCAUGCAAAUGUAACACCCCCAUUUCGAACUUUGAGCUGAACCUCAAUUAUAAGGAUACCCCCGAUCCGAGCAUUAUUGUUAGCUUUGUUCUGUUGUCUGACUUUCCAGCCGUGCAGGAGGAUUACCAGGUGGAAGAGGCGAAGCAGCUGUUAGGGGAGAAGUUUUCUCUAUUGUAUAACGAAAAGAGGGAGGACUGCACCGAGGGGGAAAGUGCAACAAAAUGUGUUUCUUCCCCUAUGCAUAGUGAAAUCCUCGCGUGGACCACCACCCCCUGGACGUUGCCUUCCAACUUGGCUCUCUGUGUGAAUGAAAAUUUCACCUACCUUCGCAUCUACCACGUGAAGAGCAACAGAGUGGUGAUCGUGGGGGAGUGCAGACUCGAGUGGGUGAUGAAGGAACUGAAGUGGAAUGUCGAAGAUUUGCAACUGUUGAAUCGGUUCAAGGGUAAGUAUCUAAAGGGGUUGAGGUAUAAGCCCCUUUUCAGUUACUUUUACGACAAGCACAAUUUUAAGGAGAGGGCAUAUAAAAUUUUGGCAGACGACUUUGUGACAGACGAUGCGGGUACAGGUAUAGUGCACUGUGCGCCUACAUAUGGAGAGGACGAUUUCAGAGUGUGCAAGAAUAAUGGUGUUAUCGACCCGGAAAAAUCUAUUUUUAUUGAUCCCAUAGAUGCAAAUGGCUACUUCACCAGCGAAGUAGAAAUGGUUCAGAACCUUUUCAUUAAAGAAGCAGAUAAUGUUAUAAAGAAAUAUUUGAAAAAUGAAAACCGACUGCUUAGCAAUAAUACCAUUGUGCAUUCGUACCCAUUCUGCUGGAGAAGCGACACCCCCCUGAUAUAUAGGGCCAUUCCAGCAUGGUUUAUCCGGGUGAGUAAUUCCACCAAAGAGCUGGUAAAAAAUAACAAUACCACUUAUUGGAUCCCUUAUCACAUUAAGGAGAAGAAAUUUCAUAACUGGAUUUCUGAUGCAAAGGAUUGGUGUAUUAGUAGGAACAGGUAUUGGGGGACACCCAUCCCUAUAUGGGCAGACGAGAAAAUGGAAUCAGUAGUCUGUGUGGAAAGCAUCUCCCAUUUGGAGGAACUCUCCGGAGUGAAAAACAUAAGUGAUUUGCAUAGACACUUUAUUGAUCACAUCGAAAUAGAUAACCCUAAAGGGAAGGACUACCCUAAAUUGAAGCGUAUUCCGGAAGUGUUCGACUGCUGGUUUGAGAGUGGCUCCAUGCCGUACGCCAAGGUGCACUACCCAUUCGAUGUGGAGAAAGAAAAUUUUGACAAAAUAUUUCCGGCGGAUUUUAUCGCAGAAGGGUUAGAUCAGACAAGAGGAUGGUUCUAUACUCUGCUCGUCAUUAGUACGUUACUGUUUGAUAAGGCCCCCUUUAAGAACCUCAUCUGUAACGGUCUUGUGCUUGCUUCAGAUGGAAAGAAAAUGAGUAAAAGGUUGAAAAAUUAUCCCGACCCUAUGUAUAUUUUAGAAAAAUACGGUGCCGAUAGUUUGCGUCUUUACCUUAUCAACUCGGUUGCUGUGCGAGCUGAAAAUUUAAAGUUCCAAGAAAAGGGAGUUAACGAAGUGGUGAAAAGUUUCAUCCUUCCGUUUUAUCACAGCUUCCGAUUCUUCUCACAGGAGGUGACUCGAUAUGAAUGUUUUAAGAAGAAGCACUUCCUAUAUGAGGAGAAAUGGGUUUACAGAAACGACAAUAUAAUGGAUAAGUGGAUAUUUUCCUGCGUCCAACAAUUGACAAAACUUGUGCACGCAGAAAUGAAGGCAUACAAACUUUACAAUGUACUACCGAAGCUUUUGCAGUUCAUCGAAAAUUUAACAAACUGGUACAUACGACUUAAUAGGGAUCGAAUGAGAGGUACCCUGGGGGAGGAGAACUGCUUACAAUCGCUCUGCACCACGUAUAGGACUCUCCACCUGUUCACCGUGCUAAUGGCCCCCUUCACGCCCUUCAUUACGGAAUACAUAUAUCAGCAGUUGCGUAAAGUGGGCAAAGCCACCGUUGCAACAGCACAGGAGGACAGCGCAAUGAGCGACAAUGGAAUGACGGACCAAAGUGUGCACUUCCUCAUGCUGCCCCAAGUGGAUGAAAACUACGCCAUUGACUACGAAAUAAUUGAGCUCAUCGAAAAAAUGAAGGCAGUCAUUCUGCUAGGGAGAGUGCUUCGAGAGAGGAGAAAGGUAGCCAGUAAGAAGCCACUAAAGAAAAUUACCGUUUUGCAUCCCACGAAAGAUUACUUCGCAAAGUUUAACCAAAUAAUGCACUACAUAAAGGAAGAGUUGAAUGUGCUCCACGUGGAGUGCUCCAACGACACCAGCUGCAUUGACUUCACGGCAGUACCCAACUACAAAACGUUGGGCAAUAAAUUAGGAGCAAAUUUAAAGACCAUCCAGGGGAAAAUAAAAAACAUGGACUCCAACUCGGUUAAGCAGUACCAGCUGGAAGGGAAGAUCACCUUAGACGGAGUGACCCUCGAGGGAGACGACAUCCUUAUACAGAUGAAGCCAACCUUCCAAGACAAAAACACAGACAUUAUAAGUAACGAAUCUGUAACGGUCCUCAUCGACUUCACCUCCGAUCAGCAACUAGAGAACAUGGCAAACGCAAGAGAACUCUGCAACCAUAUACAGAAGAUGAGAAAGAACCUAUCCCUAAAUCAGAACUCUCCUGUUAAAAUGCACGUAUACAUUGCGGAUGAGGUGCUACGCAACAACAUGCUAAGCGAAAUGGACUACAUUAGGAAGUGCCUCCGCCGUGAAUUGAAUGUGCUGCCUUCCCAGGGCGAUUAUGAGGGCCUCUCGGGAAAGAUGCACGACGAGGAGAUCGUCCUGGCCGGCUGCCCCGUCCGCCUCGUCUUCGCCCAGGUUUAG